AUAAGUCCUUGCAUAAGCAAAAAAAGAAAAGUUUCGAAUUUCAAACAGGAUUUUUGUUUUACAAUCGUCAUCUGUAAUAUUCUCCGCCAUCAUUUCUAACAAUUUUCUUCUCUAGUUUUCUCAAAGGAAACAAAAUGAGUUCAAAAUCACUUUCAGAAGACGAAUAUAAAAAUCUCUUUGAAAUAUGCCAAUCAAAUUUAUCAAAUUCCUAUUGUCCUUAUAGCAAAUUUUCUGUUUCUGCUGCGAUUUUAAGUGAAGAUGAUCGAGUAUUUACAGGUGUUAACAUUGAAAAUGCAUCUUAUGGUUUGACAAUAUGUGCUGAAAGAUCUGCUAUAGCCAAAGCUGUCACUGAUGGUUGCCAAAAGUUUAAAGCAAUAGUAAUAGUAUGCGGCUCUAAGAGUGAUGAAUACAUUGGACCUUGUGGAGCAUGCAGGCAAGUUCUGGUGGAGUUUGGCACAGAUUGGGAUGUUUAUUUGACCAAAUCAGAUGGUACAUACACUAAAUGUACUGUUGGGGAUCUUCUGCCAUUUGCAUUUGUACCAGAAUCUUUAAGAAAAAGUUAUAACCAUUAGCAAGUUUAUUUAUUAAUGAUUUCUGCCAUUUGAAGUAUAUUUUAUAUACAGACUUGAAUAAAAACAAAUAUUUUUAUAAAGU